CGCGUUCUUACGUUACCCCGGACCCUGCCGCUCGCCUCUGAAUCGGAAGUUCUCGCAGGUAGUUGAAGUGGAAAUGGGUACCGGCGGGCGGAGCGGCCUGCGUCCGGAGAAAGGGAGCGCCGACGGGGAAGCAGCGACUCCUACUGCUGCCUCUUCCUGUCAGUACAGGUGCAUCGAAUGCAACCAAGAGGCUAAGGAGUUGUACCGAGACUAUAGCCAUGGUGUGCUGAAGAUAACCAUCUGCAAAUCCUGCCAGAAACCUGUAGACAAAUAUAUUGAAUAUGAUCCUGUCAUCAUCUUGAUUAAUGCUAUUUUAUGCAAAGCCCAGGCCUACAGACAUAUUCUUUUCAAUACUAAAAUAAAUAUCCAUGGAAAACUCUGCGUAUUUUGUUUGCUUUGUGAAGCAUACUUGAGAUGGUGGCAGCUUCAAGAUUCAAACCGGAACACUGACCCAGAUGACUUGAUUAGAUAUGCUAAGGAGUGGGAUUUCUAUAGAAUGUUUGCAAUUGCUUCUUUAGAACAAACUGCCUAUUUUAUUGGCAUUUUUACUUUCCUGUGGGUAGAACGACCCAUGGCAACAAAAAAAAAGCCCAACUUCAUUUUGCUGCUGAAAGCAUUAUUAUUAUCCAGCUACGGAAAACUCUUGCUGAUUCCAGCUGUCAUUUGGGAACAUGACUACACACCUCUGUGCCUCAAACUCAUCAAAGUAUUUGUCCUUACUUCAAAUUUCCAGGCAAUUAGAGUGACCCUGAACAUCAACCGAAAGCUCUCCUUUUUGGCUGUCAUGAGUGGCUUACUGUUGGAAAGCACAGUGGUCUACUUCUUCCAGAGGAUGGAAUGGGAUAUUGGAAGUAACUGUGCUAUCUAUAAAUCUCAGGACUUUUGAAGAGUUUUAUUCUUUACUCUUUAUGGCAUGACCAGCUGCAUCUGACAAGAAAAGACAUGAAAUAUAAACCAAGCUAUUCAUUUCUAAUGACUAAAAUGAAGCAAAGAUUUGGAAACAUUUCCCAAAGAAGAAAGUAAUGAUUUUGACUGUGGGACUUUCCCCACACACACAGACACAUGCUAGAAACAGCCAAACCACAUAGAACAGAUGCACACAGACACUCAAAGAAACACUCACACAAAACCCAAGGACUAUUAUUAUAGGAACUGUUAUAUAUACAACAUGUGAAGAUUUAUAAACAAUCCCAGGUAAGCAUUUGAAUUGAAAGAGGGACAUGUAAUUCAUAGUUCACACAUAACUAAAAAAAAUCUAUGUUUCAUUCUUUUGACGUUUAUGUAUUUUUAAUUUAAAUGUUAAGAUGCUGGCUUUAAAUAAUAUAUUUUAAAUAGUAAUAUAUAUCGAGUUCUUACAAUAGAAAUACUUUUCUCUUAAUAAAGGCUUUCAGAAUAAACUGAGUUUUUUAAACUUGCAAUUCAUAUCUCCCCUUGUAAGUAAGGGAAAUCUAAGUGGAAAUCUACUUCCCUUGUAACUCUGUGAAAGUGGCUGAUUCAAAAAUAAAUAAAAUACUAAAAACCACUGAAUUGUACACUUUACAGGGUGAAUUAUGUGAUAGGUGAAUUUUCUCUCAAAGCUAUUAAAAAAAUACAUGCUAGCACUUCUUCCUUUUUCCCUUUCCCUGUUUCAAGCAUUAUUUACUUACCCAACAAAUAGUAACUGAGCCUACUAUAUAUGUGUCAUACAUUAUGGAAACAAUGAUGAAAUAAGAUGUGAUCCACUUGAAAUUUACAGAAUAGUGAUAGGCUCAUACAUGUGAAUAGAUGACUACAGUUCAGAGAGAUAAGUACUUUAAUGAGGUAAGCAUAGGGUACUUGGAAAUGCUGAGUAAAGAACAUCUAUUCCAGCCUUAGAAGUCAGGGAGGUUUUUUGAGAGAAUGGGGAAAGGGGAGGAACUUUCCAAGUAUCCCUGGUAAGGAGAAUAACAACACAUGCAAAGACCUAGAGAGCAGAGUGUGUAACAUGCGUAUUCAGAGAACUCCUGGAUAGGGAAUGAGCCAUGGAACUUUAAAAAAAAAAAUGAUUCUAGAAAGUCACUUAAAGGUUGGAUUAUGAAGAGCCUUGUGAGUUGCGAUUUAUCCUAAGGACAAUGAAAUCAAUACAGAGAGUUAAAAAGAAGAAUCCAAAGGAAAAAAACCAAUUGGGAUAACAUCCCACAAUGGCCACAGGAUGGAAAGGACUGUUGACCACCAGAUGGAGCCUGUAAGGGAGAAGGUGGUUGGGCAUACAAC